AAAAUUAAUGAUAUCGUACUUUCCGCAUUACUUUUCCAAACUACUCUGUGCCUCUUGAAGAGGUACUGGUUGGUUUUAAAAAAUAAAGAAAAUUUGACACUAAAAAGAUCUUUAAUUAUUUUCUACUAACAAUUCAUAUCCUUAACAAUGGAUCUCAAUAAUCCAAUUAAUAUAUUUGCUGUUCAAGAUAAUAGUAGUAUAAUAAGCCAGACUAUAAUUGAUCAUGUGAUUCCAUUGGAAGAAGAAUAUAGUGUGGAUUUUAAUGUAGAAAAAGAUGAAGACAAAAAAGUAAUGAUAGCAAUGAAGAAUUUAAGUAAAUGUGGUAGCAGCAUUGCAGUUGAAAAUGCUUUGGUACACAAUAUCAUUAUGGUUCCUCCGAUUCUUCAGGUAGAAGAAUCUUUACUAUCUCUUGGUAGUCAUGGCAAUGUCGAUGGAGUUUUCUACUGCCUUUUAAUUAAAGUUAAUGCUUUAGGAAAAGAAACUUAUUUGGCUAGAUAUUUUGAGUUUGGCAGUUUUACUGCAUACUUUGAUAAUAUUGCACAUGGAAAGCUGAAAAAAGAUUUAAUGGUUGAUGAAAUUCUUCCAUAUUGUGUAUUUACAAUAAAGGAUGUUGAUAUGGAACUUGCAUUAAAAAAAGAAACUUUUGGACACAGAACUAAGAGUGGUAGCAAAAGUCGUAUUCACAAAAGCAGAACUUUUAAUCGUUUGAUAUAUGAGUGCAAAGGUGGCCUAAAUGAAAGUUUGAAAAAACUAAUAAUUGAGCUUGAUAAAAACAAUUUUUGCGUUUGCUACCAUCUAAUUGCUGCGUGUCUUCUUAAAGACCAAUUGUGGGAGGGUGUUAAUCAAGGAAACAAAAAGUAUUUCAUUUGCCAACCUUCAGAAAAAGCAGAAGAAUGGGAGACUUCGCUUAUGCUUCACCGAAGUAACCCACAGGGAGCUUCAAGGUAUGGAAAACUUUGGACUUCUUUAAUAGAAAACCCAUCAAUAGAAGACCAAUUCAGAAUUCUGUCAGAUCUUCCUAACCAUCAUAAAUGGAUGUGGGAUAAACUUGUUAAAGGUGUAAAAUAUGAACAGAAGUUUUCAAAUUCAUGCAGAUAUUUUCCUGGUUCACCCAGAAACAGAAUUCUUCAAGCGUCUUUUUAUCGAGUUACCUCUGAUAACAUUAUUGUAUCAAUUUUAAGAAAUGUUUUUGGUGUUAAAGAGACAGUUGUAUAUCCAUCUAGAAAAGAAAACUUAUCUCUAAUAGUGUCAAAAGCAAAAAAGAGUAGGAUAUCUAAAGAAAGUUUUCUUGACCAAGAGUUUCAAUAUAAUAAUUUGCAUUGUGGAAAAAAAGUAGUUACAAACAAUAUUGGCAUCACAGAUUCUAUUAAUGAGGUUAACUUGGUUCAGCAUUUAAGUAAAAGAAACAGUCUCUAUGAAUACUUUUGUGCUGAACUUUUUAGUCAUGGCGUUCUUUGUUGGCGUGUUCGAAAACCGUCUCUUAGUAUAUGUGUUAUGAACAACUACAAUCACGAGAACGGGAACUUUCAAGAUAAAGAAUUUGUUCAGGUAAAAGCUGAAACAAUGUGUUCUUCUACAAUAUACAACUGCUCCUGUAAAACAUUCUCAUCAUGUGUUUUUUUUCAAUCAGAAAAUUUGACAAAUGUAAAUAAUUGUUGUCAUUGUCGUCUGUUAAACCAGCUAAUGCAAAUGCUUGAUAAUCCUGAUUUCAUCCCAGAAAAUAGUUUAUUAAACAAAAAAAAACUUAUGGAUAGUUUAAUCUAUCUCAAAUCAAAUGUUUUUAAGUUAACUUCAAAAUCGGGAGUUGAAAGAUAUUCGGGAGUUGCUGAUUCAUGUUCUUUUGUUACAGUUUUUGAAAUUUCAAAAUCAUCUCGCAAAGUAAUAAAAUGUCAUGAUUCAUUAUGUCAAAUAUCUGAAGGAAGUACUCGUCAAAUUAAUAAUCUACACAAUGGUUGCUUAUGUCCACAUCUUAAAGUCUUUAGAGAAUAUUUUUAUCUUGUUGAAAACACAGUAGAAUCAUUUUGUAAUGACAAUGAUAAAGUGAUCUCUUUUGAUUCUGUGUUAGAGGAUAAUCUACCAAGGGAAAAGUGGGAAGAUGUUUUUGAUGUAGCAUCUGGUUUGUGGACAUUUGGAAUUAAUGCCCCAAGUAAAAAAACUGUUUCCAAUGACCAAUUUAAUGAAAAAUUUAGCAAUGACAUUGUAAAAAGACAGUCUGCUACCAAUGGAUAUUGUUUUAUGCCUUCUGUUGAUCUAGACAACUGUGACUAAGGUGUAAGAACAUUUUUUUUUUUUAAGUUAAAAAUAGUUGAUUCAAUUUAAUGAAAUGUUUUUACAAGUAAAAAAAUUUACCAAAUAAUAAUUGUGGUAUAUUCAAAUAGUCUGGUAGUUACUAACAUCCAACAACCAGGGCUCACUCGGUUGCAAUGUGCUAUGGGAAAUCAAAGCACAUUUACUAUUUGACUUGAGUCAAGUACCUAGCUCCUGAAAUACUGUUUCUACUCAGAAUAGAACUUUGCCUGCAUGGAUGCUGAAAUGUUAGUUUUAAGUAAUUUAAAUCAAUCAGUAUACCCUGUAAUUAGCAUUUCCUUUUUUGUUAUCGUUUUUAUACUUCACAUCAAUUCUAUUUCAGGUAACAAAAUCAACAAAAGUUACGGAAUAUAUAUAUAUGUGUAUA